CAGGCUGUCUUAAUAUUCUUUUGUGCUUUCUCACAAAUCCAAUUUCUCUUUUGUUCUUUUGUAGGUUCCAUCUGAGUAGGAGGUGGCAACAAAAGACCAAAUGCCAUGGAUGUAUUCAAUUUCACAUAUUGGAAUGCCUCAGAAGGCAAUGACACAGAAACUGUGGAAGAAAAUGAAAGCCCCUACAAGACCGUGGAGGUAGUGUUCAUCGUGUUAGUGGCUGGUUCCCUCAGUUUGGUCACAAUUAUUGGCAAUAUCCUGGUCAUGCUCUCCAUCAAAGUGAACAGGAACCUACAGACAGUCAACAACUAUUUUUUGUUUAGCCUUGCAUGUGCCGACCUAAUUAUUGGACUCUGCUCCAUGAACUUGUACACAGUUUAUAUAGUAAUAGGCUACUGGCCCCUGGGACCAGUGGUGUGCGACUUGUGGUUAGCCUUGGAUUAUGUUGUGAGCAAUGCAUCCGUCAUGAAUCUUCUCAUUAUAAGCUUCGACAGAUACUUCUGUGUCACCAAGCCCCUCAGCUACCCUGUAAAGAGGACCACCAAAAUGGCAGGGAUGAUGAUCGCUGCUGCCUGGGUUCUUUCUUUCAUCCUUUGGGCUCCUGCCAUUCUCUUCUGGCAGUUUAUUGUUGGUGGGCGGACAGUACCUGAGAAGGAGUGCUACAUCCAGUUUUUUUCCAAUGCUGCUGUCACUUUUGGAACAGCUAUMGCCGCCUUUUACCUGCCCGUCAUUAUCAUGAUUCAGCUAUACUGGCAAAUCUCCAGAGCGAGCAAAAGUCGUGUGAAGAAGGACAACCGCAAGCCAUCAGGAGCCAAUCCAGAGCCUCUGUCGCCUGGCCAGCGGAGAGAUAGCACUCCAAAACCCAACAACAACAAUGUACCGGGGGAGGACACGGGUCACUCACAGAACCAGGGUGUGGAUAAUGGAGCCAACCAGCACGAUGGAAAAGUGCAGAACGGCAAGGGACCUUCCUGCGCCAAUGCCGAGAUAGAAACGGAGGGCAACAGUGUACCAAGGGAGAACUGYGCUCCUGCGGAGGAGAAGGAAAGCUCCAAUGACUCAACAUCAGUGAGCGCGGCUGCUUCCAACCCAAAAGACGAAGAACCAGCACCGUCCGCAGCCAACUCYAAAGCAGAGGCGAGCCAGCAGGUCCCGUGUCAACGAGCCAAGGCGGGGAGCUCUAAACUGACCUGCAUAAAGAUCAAAACAAAGUCACCUAAAGGGGACUAUUACACACCGUCCAACGCCACGGUUGAGAUAGUUCCAAGCACGGAGCGGCAGAACCAUGUGGCGCGAAAGAUUGUGAAGAUGACUAAACAGCCUCCAAACAAAAAGAAAAAAGGGGCGCCGUCACGGGAGAAAAAAGUUACACGCACCAUAAUGGCCAUCCUGGUAGCUUUUGUGGCCACCUGGACUCCAUAUAACGUGAUGGUGCUUAUUAAUACUUUUUGCUCCAGCUGCAUCCCCAACACAGUCUGGACUAUUGGUUAUUGGCUGUGCUAUAUCAACAGCACCAUCAACCCGGCCUGCUACGCCCUGUGCAAUGUCACGUUUAAAAAGACAUUCAAACAUCUUCUCCUCUGCCAGUACAAAAAUAUUAGGUCAGCCAGAUAAAUACAAGCCCCCGUGGAGGAGGCACUGAAGUUUUAGUUGCCUGCGUGAGUGUCUGCUUGAGGAUCUGAGUAUGUCAUUCAUGUGUGUUUGUUUUUGUGAAAGAAAAUGAUAGAGUGCAUUUUGAAAUCAUUUUCUAUGAUUUUACCAGUUUCUCUCAUUAACCAGUUGUAGCACUUUAUACUUAUUUAACUGGAGCGAGUUGCGUUGAAGUGUGUUGCGCGGACGCAGGGUGGAUAAAAAAAGGGUUGUACGAAAAAUAAUCAAUUUUAGAACUGUACGACUAAAAUUGAAGACUGUGUAAAGCAAAUUACAAGGGAAGAWAAUGAGCUGAAUAAAAAGAAGCAGAGGAAGAUCUACGCUAUGAGGCAAGGUUUCUAAAUGGGAAAAUAGGGCUGCCUGAAUUUACAAACCUUCCGAGUUUGAAGUUCAGUGAAGAUACUUGUAGAUACCUGUACAUAGUGGCGUAUAAUUGAUUUGUGUGUGCACAUGUGGGUAUGUGCUGGUAUUUGGGUGCAUGCCCACUUGUGCCCCUCUGCUUGCCUUCUCUCUGUGUGUAAUCAUUGUCAUGGCUCUUCUAACCAGCAACGUGUAGAAUAAAUGGAGGGGUUUYGUGUAGAUAGCUUCAGACAUGCAGACAGGUAGCUAUCUUAGCUAACAAAGAGAUCUGAUGGAUUAGCAUACUGAAUUUGUCAAAUUUGCAGCCUAAUUUAUAAAAAGAAAAGAACUUUGAAUAAGCUUUAAUGGCUGGUUCAAUACAUACAUUUAAGAAAAGAAAAUAGGCAURAUGAAAACCAUGUAAGAAACAUCCACAAGAGCUUCCCAACACAUCCAAGCAGGGGUUUUUGCAGUCAGUAAGUGGGAACUUCUUGGGUCUGGGCAUAGUUUGGGUCAGCUGUGAUUGGUCGUUUGAUGUGUGGGAGUAGUUUGCGUAAAGGCAGCUGAGUGAAGUGCAACAAUUCAGAUCGCUAAUUGCAUGAAUAUUAAUUUUAGUCAUAAUUCAGGAUAGGAAGGUUCUAGCCGCAUGAAAUUUAAACGUCGUACAUGUGAAGGGACGUGGAGCAAUUCAGCUGAGUCAGCUUUUUUUAAAAAUGAAUAUUAAUAUUAGCCAAAUUCGGACAAGAAUUUUCUAGUCGCACCAAAGUUGAAGUCAAGAAAUUAUCUUCACAUGUUCACAAUAACUUUACUAUUACCAUUGUACAUGACCUUUUAACUAACCCCAUAUGUCAAUCUGACCAAUCAUAGCGUAUCCACAUUAAGCCCAUACAGUCAGUGCGACCAACCAGACCCAAACUACGUCCAAACCCAAGAAACUUCCAGAAGUUUUAUUUUUUUUGGUGGGCUUUCAGAAUGAAAUUUCUAUAGCACAUCCACCAUACACAAUAAUACUUAGAAAACCCUUUUUGAUGCUCUGAAGCAUUGUAUCUUACUCAAAAUGGGUGAAUUAUGUGCGAAGUACCAGGGGUUGGAUAACAGYGUAUUUGUAAAACUAAUUGUUUAUUUGUCCAAAAAGCUGAGGAUGACAAUAGAGCCUGAAUUGGACCAAUCAAAAUAGUACAAUGUGCUACUGAAGACUUAAUUCUCUAAAUGAAAAGAAAGACUUGACAUUUGCAAUCACAAAUGUUCCAAGUUAGAUGAGAAGAAACCACUCAAAGUUAAUUUAGUCUGGCAUAAAAAUUACUAAUUAUUUUCYUCCCCAAUCAACAUGCUGUGUGCUAUUUAUAUAAUUACCCUGUACAAAAAAAUAACUGUUUUCUUAAAAACGAUGGCAAUUUUUCCAAGAGUUACUGAAUACGACCCGUCAUGUUCUAUUUUGACAAGAAAACAAACCAAAAGACAUCUUGAAAAAAUAAAUAAAUGAACGGCAUGAGA